AUUGUUCGAGAAACACCCAGACUUACAAGAUUUGUUUGUGCCUUUUCGCGGGUUAAAGUCGGAUGAGCUUCGGAACAGUGAUCGGUUACGUGAGCACGGUCUGCGCGUGAUGGGAACGAUCGAGAAAGCUAUUGCCAGACAACACAAGCCCGGCAAGCUGUACAACAUGUUGUACGACUUAGGGAGCAAGCACAGAAUGUUUGACACAAAAGUGGAGCAUUUCGAGUUUCUCGGACCAGUUCUCCUCCACUCCAUUAAACCAGCCAUCGGAGAGAAAUGGACACCGGAAGUGGAAAACGCAUGGUUGAAAUUCUUCUGGAUGAUCGCUACUGUAAUGACGGAAGGCAUGACAGAUGCAUUACAGGACAGCUGACCAAACAAUGUCUCUGACCCUUUUCAUAUAUUAAGCUGCUGACCGGAAAUAGCUGACAUCAACUGACUUGUUCGGAGAUAAUGGCAUAUAAAACGACACGUUUUGUACUUCCGGUACAGGAGGAUUGGCAAUUAUGGGCAGAAACAUUUUCAUAUGUCAAAUUUGUGAUCUCCAAUAUAUGUUGCGAGACACUUAAUAUGGCAUUUAAAUUGAUGUGUUUUAACGUUGAUUAACCCCAGAAUACUGUUGUAAAAAAAUCGAAAACAUAGGAUUGCAGACAUGGGAAGGAAAUCUAAAUUGCAACUUUGAAUCUUUGCAUCCCGCCGAUUAGACGCUUGGCGAAGGUUUGACAUACUGAUUCUCUGACGUUUUAUUACAUUACCGUCCCUUUCACUGCAUGAAAUAAGUCUGAACUCAGUGAAAUCCUAAGAGAUAAGUGCUUUGUAACACGUCACACAAAAACAAAUACGGUUCUCCUGUUCAGUUGUAAACAUGCCAGUGAUGAUUUGCCGACCUGGUAAAAUGAAGCCGUGACAUUCGUAAAUUGAACGGGAGUGUCUUAUUUGUAUGUCAAAUUAAAAGGACCCAACCAUUUUGUCUGUUCCUAUUUAGAACGAAGAUUACAUCUUCAGUAAUAGCGCGAAUGUUAAUGCGUAGGAACUAUAACAGACAAUGCGGUACAUGUAGCACUUCAUCCUGUAACAAAUGUAGACGAAAUAAAAAAAAAUGUAUACAAACAUCGAGACAAUUUACGCAAAUAAUGGAUACACACAGUGACAAUAUAUACAUAGACACGAUAGACACAUACACACGCUAUACACAACGUGACGAUAUAACCCAGUGACGAUGUACAAACAGUGUGACGAUACACACAAAGACAAGAUACACUCAGUGACGAUACACACACAGAGACGAUAUAUACACAGUGACGAUAUACACAAAGAUUAUAUACACACAGUGACGAUACACACACAGAGACUUUAUACACACAGUGACGAUACACACAGAGAUUAUAUACCCACGGUGACGAUAAACACACAGAGACUUUAUACACACAGUGACGAUACACACAAAGACAAGAUACACACAG